UACUCGGUGGGGUGAAGUGAGGGACUGGGAGUGCAUGUGUCCUCAUUUGUACUGUGGCACUGCUGCUAUGGUCCCUCCUCCCAGCUGCAGUUUGCUUCAUCGCCCUCAGCUCUCCUCCAGCUGCUGCUGCUUGGGCUCUCUCUCCCUCCCCUCACUCACGUUCUCUCUCCGUUACCCUCCACCAUAGAUUCAAUGUAACACCAUGACAGGCAUCGCCGCCGCCUCCUUCUUCUCCAAUUCAUGCAGGUUCGGGAGUUGUGGACUGCAGUUCGCUACCUUGGCAGAGCUUAUCGAGCAUAUCGAGGACAGCCACAUCGAUACAGACCCACGUGUUUUGGAGAAGCAGGAGUUGCAGCAGCCAACUUACGUUGCCCUCAGCUACAUCAACAGAUUUAUGACCGAUGCUGCACGCCGUGAGCAAGAAUCUCUUAAAAAGAAGCUGCAGCCAAAACUGUCUCUGACAUUAUCAAGUUCUGUUUCCCGUGGAAGUGUUUCUACACCACCCCGUCACAGCAGCGGCAGCCUUACACCACCUGUCACCCCUCCCAUAACCCCUUCCUCUUCAUUCCGCAGCAGCACCCCAACUGAAAUCUGGUAUAACUCCAGGAGAGAGAGUGGACUUCAUGAUUUGCCUGAGCGAUACAACAGUAAAGGUAUUGGACGAUGUCAAGAAUUUAGGAUACAGGCCAUGAGACCAUGUAGUGAGUAUGAUGAAGAAGAGGUUGAGUAUGAAGAAUCAGACAGUGAUGAGUCCUGGACCACAGAAAGUGCCAUUAGCUCUGAAGCUAUCCUGAGUUCCAUGUGUAUGAAUGGUGGUGAUGAGAAGCCUUUUGCCUGCCCAGUUCCUGGUUGUAAGAAAAGAUAUAAGAAUGUAAAUGGUAUCAAGUACCAUGCCAAGAAUGGUCACCGAACACAAAUUCGAGUUCGCAAACCUUUCAAGUGUCGUUGUGGAAAGAGUUACAAGACAGCUCAGGGUCUGCGGCAUCAUACAAUCAAUUUCCAUCCCCCAGUAUCUGCGGAAAUUAUCAGGAAGAUGCAGCAGUAAGAUGCCGGUCACACACCCGUGCCAAGAAACUCCUCACCAGCAGUUGCUGAUUCAUAAACAGCCACCUUUCUUCAGGGAAGCAUUCAGCAACCCUUCAAACAAAAAAACAUAGAGAACUUUCAAUGCAUGCUUUAAGUUUUUUUCCUGUAUCUUGGAAUGAUGUAGCUUGGUAGAGUUAAGAGUUUUGUAAAUUUGCACAUCUAAUCAUCAUUUUACCCAUUUUCAUUACUUUGAUGUAAGGUGCUAUAAAAGCUACAGAAUAAUCAGAAACAGUCUAAAAUAUAAAGCAGGUUAAAAUAAUGUAUUUACAAACUGCAGAUCCCUCGUAGAAGUAUUACAGAGUUUGUUGGGGGAAAUUUUAGAAAGUAAGGCUGGUGUCCUUUGAAAUACAAUGUCUUGUAGACAUUUAAAGAAGUUCAUUUGCAACUGAGGGCCCUCCCAUGCACUAAAAACACUCAGAAAUAAAACAUAUGCCUUAAACAGCUCUGGUCGUAAUUAGGGUGUUGAGAGAUCCCAGUUAGUUGGGAGAAAACUGAAGUAAGAAAUAAUGUUUCAAUUGUCUUGAGAAUCUUAAUUUUUGGAAACCAUAGGAUGGACCAGAUUCAGUGCCUGAAAUUCCAUCUGUUUCCUUCUCUCAAAGAGUAAGGCACCCGUAACUUCAAAUAAUAAAUAAAUAAAAGGAGAAGGAAGUUAACAUGGGUUGACAGUUGGGGAGGGUCUCAGGCUGAUAUUCCAGCUUCCCUGGAAUUUGGCUGGUACGAAAGAAUACUUGGCAGGCCGGGUUCCAUUCCUGCCAAAAUGACAAAGUUACUAAAGCUUUCUGAAUGUUUGUAAGAAUGAAGGGUGUUUGAUUGCUGAUGUUUGUAUUACACUGCAGUUUUUUGUUUUGUUUUGUUUUGUUUUGUUUUCCGUGAAAGGAUGUGGAUUUUUAACUGAUGAUCAGAUCAGUGUCUGUUUGAUGUUAACAAGCAUUGUUUUCUUUCUUUUAUUUUUUUUUUUUUUUUAAAUAAAAGAUUGCCAUUGUUCAUGUCUAUUAGAUAUUUAAGGACCAAGUUCUGAAUCUGGAUAGUUGUUCCUUUUUCAAAGGCCUCCUCUAAGAAUAUUAAUUUCAAUAUUACGUGGCAAACUUUUAUUUCUUUUUCCACUUCCUUUCAUGUGAAACCUAAAUAUACCUUCAUCUUCAGAUGGAGUUUUUAAGCACUUUGUAGUUAUCUAUUGCCAACAGAGUUAAAAUGUUUUUAUGUGAUGCCAAUUAGCAACUGCUGUACUAGCAUGUGCCUGUGGUUGCAAAGACGAAAAAGAAGCAUGGUUUUAGGAGGCAAAGUAUUCUUGUUAAGGGAAUUUUGUAUGCGCCUCUUCAUGUUCAUUGUAUUUUGUGAAAUUUUUAUGUAUUUUUGAUUGUCUUGUACUGUAGUUCACCGCAUUCCAAUUUUAAGUGUCUGUUUAGCUUUAUAGAUCAUACAGCUGAAACUAGCCAUGUGAGCCUUACAGAUAGUUUUUGGUACACAUGUAUGAAAGAGGGUAACAGCACCACAUUAGUAUCACAGGCUGCAUGUGACUCUUCUGUGGGCCUUACCUCAGUAUCCCUACACUGUAAAGACGCCACUUGGCACCAUACUGAGGGACUGUUCCAAUUCUAUUUUUUUUCUUUCUGAUGCAAGUUAUUGCAAACAUCUUAGGUGCUUAACUCCAGCUGAAUGCACCACAUUAAAUCCCCACUUACUGUAUUCCCUGCAGUCUGCUCAUUCUUAGUCUUUUAGUCUGUUUUUAAACAGUGCUAUGCCAUUUUAUUUGUGCAUUUGUCCCAAUUUUGAAAUUUUAUAAUCUAGAUUGUGGUUCAGUUUUCAUCUAUGAACCUGUGUCAAGUAAUGUGUUCUUUUUCUUUAUAACACAGACAUGGAUCGAGUCAGGUCGAGUGGUUACAAUAUGCAUUUUAUAUUUUUGGAGCAGUGCUUUAAACCUGUCUGUUAUAAUGGGAGACACACAACUGAAUUAAUAAGCUAUUACUUUUUUUUAAACUUUAUAACUCUUGAACCCUGAAAGUAAUUGGGAUUUGAGAGGUUGUUUCCUGAAAAGAAAAAGAAAAUUAAAAAUCUCUUUGCCAUGUCUGAGGACCUGACUUAAAGAUGUGGGAAGUGUACCCCAAAGUGCUGAAAUUAAUUUGCCUAAGUGGUUUGGAAUUGGGUUCAGGCACAAAAGAAAGUUCAUCAGGUCAGUCCCUGAAAGGCCCUAAUGGGCUACUGUACAGAAUUCUUUACUUUGGCAGGAGAUAGAAAGAAAUGGUUUAAGAGUUUUGUUUAGUUCCAGAGAAUGAAAACAGCAUAUAGGGAUAGGUUAAACCAACAGCUAAAUAGUCAUACAGCAUCAUCACCGCAUGUGAAUUCUUUAUAAAUAUAGAACCAAUAUUCCAGUUUCUAUUUACUUCUACACAUUGUGACAGUAUUAUAAGACAGGUAAGGAUGGGGCUAUUUUGUUAUACUGUGUAUAGUGAAUGUAUUGUACCAUGUCUGUGAAAAAAGUGUGCUUUAAAUUAUAUUUUCAUAUGUUUUGUGGAGAAAUAAGUUACUUUUAAAUCUGAAGGUGACAGAUUCCAAGUUUUCAGAGUUGAAGGUAAUUUUAGUGAAUCUAAAUCUCUUUCAGUAAAGCUGCUCUAUCAAUGUAAGUCAGAUUACAUUUAAAAAUAAAACUGCCUCUGACAUAAAAUAA